AAAUAUUAUGGGAAUUAAGCCCAAGUUUGUAUGUAGCAAAGUGCAAUAUUUAGUUCUUACGGGGUGAAAAUGUCACAAAGGAAAACUGGAAAUUCGCAGAGUAAAAUAAUGAAUUUAAGAUGUAAGAGAGAGAAUAACACUCCUCGAGAAUAGAAGUGUCAAAAUCAAUCCGAUUACAAAAGCUCGCGACAUCUUAAAUUCGAUCGUGUAGCAGAGUACUGAGGUUCAAUUGCUGGGGAAGGAAAUGGAGAAGAUGAUGUUGAUGAGAUCGUUGAGUCGGUCAAUCUUGCGCAGAUCUCAAGUGCUUUCAUCCUCCCCCGCCGCCGCUGCCGCCAGCGCAGCCGUCAACCAAAAAAUCCGCCACUUCCACUCCUCGUCUCCAUCAGUCCCCGCUUCUUCUCCAAAUCGAAAUUUCCGGCAUCCUUUUGCACAUCUUGGGGGUAUUCGCUCUUUCAGUGAGGACAUUUCCCAUUUUCCUGCUAUUGAGGACCCACAGAUUAAGCGUGCUUUUAAAGACUUGAUGGCUACAAGCUGGGAUGACCUCUCACCAGCAGUCGUCCACGAUGUGAAGAAGGCAUUGUCCAAGGGUACUGAAGACAAAUCUGCCCAGGAUGCGCUGAAAGAUGUUUUCCGAGCAGCAGAAGCUGUUGAGGAAUUUACAGGGAUUGUCAUGUCUCUGAAAAUGGAAUUGGAUGAUGCUAUUGGACUUAGUGGUGAGAACGUGAGACCACUGCCUGAAGACUAUCAGAAGGCAAUUAAGACGCUCUUCAACAGAUACACUGAGUAUUUGGCAGCAUUUGAGCCAAAAGAGACCUAUUUGAAGAAGAAAGUUGAGACGGAGUUAGGAUCAAAGAUGAUAUACUUGAAAAUGAGGUGUGGUGGCCUUGAAGCUGACUGGGGAAAGGUCUCAGUCCUUGGAACUUCCGGGCUCUCAGGUUCUUAUGUUGAGCAAAGAGCAUGAGCUUCAGAUGAAAGGUCAAUGAAUCUUUGCUUCGUGUUUAUAUGCAGUGUUUAGACAGUCGCCGUUGCAAAGAGAUUUCUUCUACCAUUUUCCUUGUAUGCUGAAACUGGUCGUACCAUCAAGUUAGUUUAAUAAAAAUUACGGCAAACUUCUCUGCUCUGUGAUGCUAUUUUGGUUCUUCUGAGUUUGUGUCGGAUUUGAUUGUCAUAUUUUUUAGAUACAUGCCUUUGGGAAAGAAGCAUUACUACUUUUUGUGUUUCA